AUGGACAGAGAACAAGAAGAGAUGCAAUUUCUAGGACUCUUCGGAAUCUACAAAGAAUCCAUCAAGAUCAUAACUUCAUGUAGCAAAAUUUUCAGCCAAAUUGCCUUAACUCUCAUUCUCCCUCUCUCCUUCAUCUUCCUAAUCCACAUCGAAGUAUCCAACAUCCUCUUCAGAAAAAUCAUGACCAACACAGUAGAAAUAAUCGACACACCACAAGGCACUCCUCAAUACAAAAAACUUUCUGACAUAAUCUCUUCUGAAUGGACCACUUUCUUACUCUUUAAACUCGUUUACUUCACUUUUCUUCUAAUCUUCUCUCUCUUAUCAACCUCUGCAGUAGUCUAUACCGUAGCAUCUAUUUUCACUGCAAGAGAUGUGAGUUUCAAAACUGUCAUGAGUGUUGUUCCAAGGGUUUGGAAGAGACUCAUGGUCACUUUCUUAUGCACGUUUUUAGCUUUUUUUGUUUAUAAUAUUAUGGCAAUACUAGUUUUCAUUAUUUGGGCACUUUUAAUUGGAUAUAACAGCGGUGGUGUUGUGAUUCUAGUAAUUAUAGGAACCUUAUACUUUGUUGGGUUUUUAUAUCUUACCGUAGUUUGGCAAUUAGCUAGUGUUGUGACUAUUUUAGAAGACUCUUAUGGGGUUGAAGCUAUGAUGAAGAGCAAUGAAUUGAUAAAAGGGAAAAUGGGAUUGUCAAUAGUUAUAUUUUUGAUGCUAAGUGUUUCAAUAUUUGGGAUACAGUUUUUGUUUACAAAGGUUGUUGUUGGAGGUUGGGGAUUGAGUUUUGUUGGGAGAACAGUGUCUGGGAUACUAUGUGUGGUUUUGUUGCCGCACUUGUUUCUGGUUGGACUUGUUGUACAAACGGUGCUUUAUUUUGUUUGUAAGUCUUAUCAUCAUCAGAGUAUUGAUAAGUCUGCUUUGUCUGAGCAUCUGGAAGUUUAUCAUGGAGAGUAUGAGGCGUUGAAGGAUAAAGAUGUCCAGUUGGAGAAUUAUCAUGUGUGA